GCCAUAAUCAUAAUGCCUGAUGAGUAUAAAAUGGGUUAAGCAUCAUGUUGAGCACACUUAAUUUCUGAUUCGAGUACAUGUACCAUAUUGGUUCCUCUCAAGAAAAUGUCUCUUCUGUGCUGGUAUCCACGUGAUAUACACUGCGUAAUCUCAUUUUCAAGAAUGCUAAAAAUAUUAAAUAAUAAAAAUUACAUCUUUUUUUUUCUCUCCUCUUCAUAUCAAAAUUUUCCUUUUUACCCGACCCUCUCUUUUCCAUAAAGUUCCCCCCCCCAAAAAAAAUCAUCUAAAAGGAGGGUUAGACUAGUUCACUUCACUCCAAAGGAUCCCUAUGGCUGAGUCGCCUAUCUCCAAAUGCAAAAGUUGCGGUCUUGAAGGACACUUACGAAAGUCAUCCAAGCUGUGCCCAAACCACAAUAUGACCCCCGAAUCGACCGAAAUUGUCCCAAAUCCCUCGGUCAAUACCAAGUCUACCCCAAUAUGUGCGGCCUGCGGCGGAACCGGCCACCGACGAAGUAGUCACACCGACUGUCCUCGCAACCGCGUCAACUUGGCAAGCGAGACUUUGCCUUCUAAUGGCACCAAUCAUGAUCCAGUGGAUAAGAAAGCAAAAGUACAAAACUCUGCUGCUACUCCAUCGUCUGUAUCACAACUCGAGACCAAGCCUGCCUCUACAACAGCACCUGACUCUGAUUCCGCAUCCACUCCUGUAACUGCCUUAACAAAUGUCAAAUGCGCUACUUGCGGUGAAAAUGGCCAUCGACGUAUGAGUCAUCGGGAUUGCCCCAAAAACCCACAAAACAUUGCAAGCAACUAGAAAAUGAUUCUACCGAAGCUGAAACAGAUACUGCAGAUACCGCAGAUUCCAUUAAAAACAAAAAAACAGGACCAUCUUAUGUAAAGGCUACCACUACUAAAGA